UUAUAAAACCACACUUUGAAUCCAAAAAAGCUUUCAAAUAUCUCUCUAUCUAACAUCAUGGAUGGAAUCAAUGUUAACAUUGUUUCAAGAAACAUCAUCAAACCAAAUUCUCCAACCCCAACAAGCCAAAAGACUUUUAAACUCUCUCUCAUCGAUCAACUCACACCUGAAUUCUAUGGAGCCACCAUUUUCUUCUAUACCUCCAACGUUAAAUCAAUAGAAACAACAUCGGACAUGUCAAAAUCAUUACAAGAUUCUCUCUCUAGAAUCUUGCCCAAGUUCUAUCCAUUAGCUGGUCAAUUCAAAGAUUCUAGUACCAUCGAUUGCAACGAUGAAGGAGCUUAUUUCUUUGAUGCCCAUGUUAAUUGUAACAUCCGACAAGUUUUGGAUAAACCAGAUUCUAAUUUCCUUAAGAAACUUCUUCCGACCGACCCUAAAACGGUUGAGUCUUGCUCAAGAGCCGUGGCUAUUUUUCAAUUCACACAAUUUGAAUGCGGUGGUGUGGCUUUGAGUGCUUGUAUUUGUCAUAAGAUGGGUGAUAUUAGCACGUUGUCUACGUUCUUACGAUCGUGGACCGCCGCCGCCACUAACGACCCCGGGAAGGAUGAGGUUCCGGAUUUCAUUGGUGGGUCGCUGUUGACUCACAGAAACCUACCGAUGAUGUCUAACGUGGGUUUGGCUCGUGGUAAGUGUCGUACACAAAGGAUCGUUUUUGACGGAUCAAAGAUAGCUUCUUUGAGAGCAAAAAUCACCGACGGUCGUCAAGCACCGUCGCGUGUGGAGGCUGUAGUAGCGGUGAUACUAAAGUCCGCCAUCACGGCUUCGAGGUCUUUGUCGGGGUCGACGAAAUCGGCUAUAUUCUUCCAAACGGUGAAUGUUAGGAAUAGGAUGAGUCCUCCGAUAUCGGAGAACUCGAUAGGAAACCUGCUCUGGCAGUUUCCGGUGUUCAUUGAGGAAAAAGAGAUCAAAGUGUACGAGUUGGUGGCGAAGAUAAGGAAGGAGAUGUCGGAGUUUUGCAACACUAAGGCCCCGAAGUUGAAGGGUGCGGAAGGGUUUAGGGAAAUUAUGGGUUGCAUUGGGAAAUGGGCGUUCCACUUCUUGACAAAUAAGGACAUAUACAGGUGCUCGAGUUGGUGUCGAACACCAUUGUAUGAGACGGAUUUCGGGUGGGGAAAACCGAUAUGGGUGAGUAGUGCGGGGCAAGACAUAAGGAAUGUUAUGAUUUUGGUGGAUUCUAAAGAUGGAAAUGGGAUGGAGGCAUGGGUGACUUUGGAUUAUAAGGAGAUGGAUGUGUUUGAGAAGAAUGAAGAACUCUUAGAAUAUGGGUCUCUAAACCCUAGUGUCUAAAUCAUCUUAUUACAAGUUGUAUAAAACAAAGUCUAAAUAAGUGUGAUAUUAUAUGUUUUAAGUAAGCAAACAAUAAAGAAAAUAAAUAAGUGAAGCAAAAUUGGGAAAGACCAAAAUGUCUAAGUGUGGACUUUGGUUAAGCUAAUACUUCAACUUUAUUUUAAUAUAUUUA